GACCAUUUUUUAGUUUUUACUUCCUUUUCUGUUUGUCCUCGAAGAGACUCAAGAGAGCGAGCGGCGAUAAAACUAACGUGGGCACCCCUCACAAAGAUCAGCACGCAGACAAGCAAACACAACUACCACACUUGUUUCUCUCGAUCUAUAUUUGAAGCGGAUAUCGAGUUCGAUUCGGUCGAUUCUUCGACAAUGGAUGGCGUUGUGGAUCACCUGGCAGAUGAGAGGAAUAAGGCGCAAUUUGAUGUGGAGGAGAUGAAGAUCGUAUGGGCUGGCUCACGCCACGUCUUCGAACUCUCCGAUCGUAUAGCUCGUCUUGUUGCCAGCGAUCCGGUAUUUAGAAAAGAUAACAGAGCUACUCUAAGCAGGAAGGACUUGUUUAAAAACACUCUUAGAAAAGCAGCUCAUGCUUGGAAAAGGAUCAUUGAGCUUCGUCUUUCUGAAGAGGAGGCUUCUAAAUUAAGAUUUUAUGUUGAUGAAGCUGCUUUUACGGAUCUUCAUUGGGGAAUGUUUGUGCCAGCUAUCAAGGGGCAAGCUACUGAGGAGCAGCAGCAGAAGUGGCUGCCAUUGGCAUAUAAGAUGCAAAUAAUUGGUUGCUAUGCACAAACUGAGCUUGGUCAUGGCUCCAAUGUUCAAGGGCUUGAAACCACUGCAACGUUUGAUCCCCAGACUGAUGAAUUUGACAUUCAUAGUCCUACCUUGACUUCUUCUAAAUGGUGGCCUGGUGGUCUGGGUAAAGUUUCCACACAUGCUGUUGUUUAUGCACGCCUUAUAACUGAUGGUCAAGAACAUGGAGUCCAUGGUUUCAUUGUCCAGCUACGGAGCUUGGAUGAUCACUUACCUCUUCCGGGCAUAACAAUUGGCGAUAUUGGUAUGAAAUUUGGAAAUGGGGCUUAUAACACUAUGGAUAAUGGCGUUUUAAGAUUUGAUCAUGUUCGUAUCCCAAGGGAUCAAAUGUUGAUGCGGGUUUUGCAGGUGACAAGGAAUGGAAAAUGUGUACGAUCCAAUGUCCCACGUCAGUUGAUCUAUGGUACCAUGGUGUUUGUGCGUCAAACAAUUGUGUCUGAUGCUUCCUGUGCUUUGUCUCGUGCUGUUUGCAUUGCUACGAGAUACAGUGCUGUUCGUAGACAAUUUGGUUCACAGAAUGGUGGUGUUGAGACCCAGGUGAUUGACUACAAAACUCAGCAGAAUAGACUAUUCCCUUUGCUCGCUGCUGCCUACGCUUUCAGGUUUGUUGGUGAGUGGUUGAAAUGGCUAUAUACGGAUGUGACUCAAAGACUGCAAGCCAAUGACUUCUCAACAUUGCCCGAAGCUCAUGCAUGUACAGCGGGUUUGAAAUCCUUGACCACUACUUUCACUGCUGAUGCAAUUGAAGAAUGUCGAAAAUUAUGUGGUGGCCAUGGUUACCUGUGUAGUAGUGGGCUUCCUGAGUUGUUUGCAGUUUAUGUGCCAGCCUGUACGUAUGAAGGAGACAAUGUUGUGCUGCUUUUACAGGUGGCGAGGUUUCUCAUGAAGACUGUUUCCCAGUUGGGGUCUGAAAAGAAGCCCGUUGGGACAACGGCUUAUAUGGGACGGGUAGAACACUUGAUGCAAUGUCGCUGCAGUGUGCAGAAGGCUGAGGAUUGGUUAAAUCCUAAUACAAUACUAGAGGCUUUUGAAGCGAGGACUGCCAGGAUGUCUGUUGCCGUUGCACAAAAACUUGCACAGUUUGCAAAUCCAGAAGAGGGUUUUUUGGAACUCUCACCUAAUUUGGUUGAGGCUUCGGUCGCUCAUUGCCAAUUAAUCGUUGUCUCCAAAUUCAUUGAAAAAUUGCAGCAGGACAUACCGGGGAAGGGAGUGAAAGAGCUUUUGGGGAUGCUGUGCAAUAUUUAUGCUUUGAAUAUUCUUCACAAACAUCUGGGUGAUUUUCUAUCUACUGGUUCCAUUACUCCCAAGCAAGGUUCGCUUGCAAAUGAUCAGCUUAGAUCAUUAUAUUCCCAGGUCCGUCCAAAUGCAAUUGCACUUGUCGAUGCAUUUAAUUACACUGAUCACUACCUUGGCUCUGUUCUUGGGCGAUAUGACGGAAAUGUUUAUCCUAAACUUUACGAGGAAGCGUGGAAAGAUCCUCUGAAUGACUCUGUUGUACCUGAUGGCUACCAUGAAUAUAUUCGGCCGUUGCUGAAGAACCAACUCCGUAAUGCAAGGCUCUGAAAUGCAGGCCGAUGCUGUUUGGUUCUGAUUACUUAAAUUUGUUGAGUAUUUUGUUAAAUAAAGUGCUAGGAAGGCGAUCCCCCUGACUGGGCGUGUCGUGAUUGAAUGACGCUACUAGCAAUUACCUUCACAUAAAAGUGUUCCAUUCUGAUUAGGGUCUGGGGAUUCUGAGGGUUGGAAUAUUUCUCUCAGCAUAAAUGUGAUUGAACAUGGAACUCGUCUUUAACAUUUUCUCUAUUUUGUUACGUCAGUAUCCUUUCUAUCCUGUACAGUGUCAAUCUAUCCAUGGAGAUAGUGCUGGCUAUACAUGAAGAUUAUCCUUGGUUA